AUGGCCGCCGCAGUGCAACAAGGGCCGACAGGCGCGGGAGGAGAAGCUGCUGCGGCGGCGGCGGUUGCGGAGGUGGAGGACAGGAUGGACCUGCUGUGGGAGGACUUCAACGAGGAGCUGGCGCGGGCCGGCGGGCUGCAGCAGGCGCGCGACCUGUGUUCGUCUGGCUCGUCGGACGCGGAGUCGUCGGAGCCCGCGGCGGCCCGCGGGUGCGCGCCGGUGCUGCGCCCCUCGUCCAGGGCCGCCGGCGCGGUCCGGCACUGCCGCCGCCGCGCCGGGACGUGGGUGCUGCUCAUGCGGAUCUUCAGGAGGCUCUUCGUCAUCGAGAAGACCACCGUCUCCGCGGCCGCAGCCGCCAGGCGGCAGCACGCCGCUGCCACCACGAGGGCGAGCUGA